UCAAUACAUCAAUACAUCAAUUUAUCAAAUCAUCAAGUCGUCAAUACAUCAAUAAAUUAAUUCAUCAAUGCAACCCCCACGUCAAUACAUCAAUAAAUUAAUUCAUCAAUGCAUCCACACGUCAAUUCAUCAAUUAACCCAAUUCUGCGAAGUUCCAAAUGAAGAAAUUCACAAGUUUAUGAAGCUAAGUUUAGCUUCUAUUUUUAUCGCACAUAAAAAUUUGUAAAUUUAAUGUCUGGCCUUCAUCGAUUACUUAUAAACAAUGUCGUAACUUUUCAUUUUUUUUCAUCAUUAUACAUAAGCUCACAUCUUAGAUGUUAAUGCAAUUUUCUUUAGCAAGUGCAAUUAGUAUAUUAGUAUAAAAAAUAAUUUCUACACUAAUCGCCAUCGAUUAGUCAAUAAAAAAAUGUAUCAAUUAGUAAUUUCUUCGAGUCGUCAGCGAUCCACUUCAAUAUCUUGCUUCGAUAAUGACUUUCGAUAGUAAUGCAACAUCAUGUUUCCCAGCGUUUACAUUAACAUUAACAGCGAUUACACGCAAGAAAUCACGUGUUCCAGAGUAUUGUAUGAUUAUUUAACAUGCGUUGUCUUCACGUAACGAUCACGGUUUUAUUAAUUCGCUUUUCUUCGGUAUACCAUUGUAUACAUACCGAAUAACCAAUAAGCGGCACACAUAUACAUACACCCCGAAUAAGCAAUGAAUCAUUUGUGAUGGCAUACGUCGACCAAAAAUUACAAAUUCUUUCGUUCUCAUUAUGCCAGAAAUUUGUUGAACUUUCACUGUCCUCUUCGGCGCCAUUUUAUUUUCUGCGCACGACGUGUAAUUCAGGUGUGAUUCAUCGUCGCGUUAUGGAAGCAGUCGUCACAAAAGCAUCUCAGAAAUAUCUAUUCAAUUAUUAUAUCUCCUGGUUGUUGAUCACGACCAGGAGCAACGAUGCGACGAUCGAUACUGUGCUGCGACAUCUGAAUAUCGGUAUCGAUAGCGACGUCGUCGUUGCCACUCCUUCCGCUUUUUAUUCGGAGAUGCAAAACCUGUCGAAAACGUAUCAGAGCAGGACAUGUUCCUUCUUAAAACGUUACGGAAGCUCCAUUAAGUUCCAUGAUCCGCCAAUGAAGCAAUUCGAUGAGAACGCGACGAUCAAUUUGAACUACGCCAUUUUGGAGAACCGAACCGUGUUCUUUUACUUCAUCCACGUCUACAAGAUUCGAUACGCGGACAACACUAGUCUAGUUACGAAUUUCCUUGGGUCCUGGAACCCGGACUCUUGGUCCUUUCACAAUCCGACGAAUGUGAAAUUAAGAAACGACUUUAAAGGACUACCGAUCGUGUUUGGGGUAUUAAAUGGGACGAUCGAUGGGCAUAUGGACACCACGGAGGAAGAGACGGACGACAUUGCUCCUCUUCUCGAUUUCGCUAGCUUCGUUACCAGUAGUGUGAACGCAAGGAAGAAGCAUGGUUUAGUGAUUGAUCGAUUUUUGGUAUGUGAAUUGUUCAGCAUAGAGUUGGUGCCGCACGAGAAGCUCGGUACUCUAAACAACAAAGUUUGGAACAACCUCCUCGGAGACGUCGUCUCCGGGACCGUGGACAUCGGGUUAGGCUACAUAACCGUGAACGAGGAACGACAAACGGAGAUGACGUUCAGCCAUCCGCUGAUUCGCUACAUGAGGAACAUUUAUUAUCAUCCGUUAGAGAUCGGGACGAUGAGAGAUAUAUUUCGACAACCGUUUAAUAAUUAUCUUUUGGGAUGCGUUUUUUCUACGUACGUCGUUAUAUUGAUAGUGAUGGGUUUGAUUAUUUACGCAGCGAAGAAUGUUCUACAUUACGAAGAGGAGAAACGGAUCGGGAUUGGGGAGGCUGCUUUGUGGUGCAUCAGCAUAAUGUGCAUGCAAGGUUCAUUAUGGACACCUCGAAAUCCGUCGGGAAAAACAGUGUUAUUAUUCAGUUUGACAUUCUCCUUGGUGACGUAUAGUGCUUACGCUGGUUUCAUUACUUCUAUAUUAUCGGUGCAAGUCAGUGGUAUUAAAUCAAUCACUGACAUUCUGUCGCACAAUUUUAAACUGGGAUACAGCAGGACGGACGAUGAGUAUAUUCGAAACGUAAACGAUAGUAACCUCCGGGAAUUAUAUAUAAGAGCAUUCAACAAUCGAGAAUCUCGAUUAGAUACGGCUUCCGGUCUCACGAAAGCUGUCAAAGGACAUUAUGGUUUCUUCGUGAGCGCCACCUUAGCCAGACGAGCCCUUAGGUCAACGUUAAUUCAAGAAAGAUGUUCUUUAAGAGAACUAUCACUUUCACAAACAUUUACUAUGGUAGCUCUACCUAUGGCUAAUUCUUGUCCUUAUAAAAAGGUCAUUAAUUUGAACAUCCUGAAGAUACGCGAACGAGGAGUACUCAACCGAAUCACCGAACGAAUGCUACCAGAAAUGCCUCGUUGCAAAUUAGCCACCACUUUCCACAGCGCGAGACUAACGGACGUCUACUCCGCCUUCUUCAUUUUGAUCGCAGGCGGCGUGUCCGCCAUUUCGAUCGGCAUCAUCGAACGAAUCUGGAACAAACGCCGGCAAAUGAAGGACACCAUCGUCCGCGGUAUGCGGCAGCACCAUCUGAUGCCCAACUUCUCGCACCUGCCUCAUUGGCCUCAUCUCCCGCACUUCCCCCACUUCCCACAUUUCCCGCAGUUGCACUCUCGAAGCGAAUUUACGAAGAAACAUUCUACGAAGCCUGGUAACAAGUUUGACUCGUCCACUUCCGCUGGGGAGUCGUUGAAGGGGGCUUCGAACAGCGGAGAGAAAAAUGAAGAGGAAGGCACACGCUCCGAGGGCGAAACGAGUUUCCAGCGUUUCGAGCCGAAAUUUCGGAGCUGGAAGAAACAGGCGAGUUCUAGGCGCAUGAAUUGGACUUCUUUUCAGGGGUUGCCGAAGAAAAAAAGUGGUAAAGAAACGAAGACCAGCACUGAUACUGUGUUUCCUUUUCAUCAAUGAUUUUAGUGAAGGUUGUUUGAUUAUUUGAGUAUUCAAUAAUUUUAAGUAUGACUUAUUUUUAAGUUUAUGUUAAGCAAUUUCAAUGUCUGAAAGCUUAUCAGUAAUUUUUAUAUGGGUUCGCCUUUGAUAAUUGAGUAUUAGACUAUUUCAGUACGGAAGGUUUACUUUUCAAUUUCGUAUUUUCGCGCGCUUGGCAGCACCAUUUUGUGAGCACAACUUUUCAUAAAAUAAUCAAUGUUUGAGAGUCUUUGAGCAGAACGAUGUACUAUUAUAAUGUAACGAUUUGAAAUGCAAUUACAGGUUAACUAUUGCAUUGAUAUUUGUAAUUAAAGAUUUUCUUUAAGCUCAGGUUUUGACGGACUACCGGUAGAUGGCUGUUACAGUAUUGCGCGGGCUUUUCAAAUAUUAAAAGAGCUACGAUGUUAUAAUUUCUUAUAUCAAUAUUAUUUGUAAAAAUAUUUUAGCAGUAUUGUGUCUUGCGAACAAUCCACGUAGACUUAUUGAAAACAAUCCACAUAAUUACUAAAAAUUUCCUCAAUUUAUUAUAAAAUUUUACAGUAUUAAAAUAUAAGAAACGAACAAAUGUAAGUUAAAU